GGAAUUGUGAGACAGAAUGAAACAUUUCUAAGUGUGAAUUGUUUUUGAUAUUUUACUGCAAUGAAGUGCAUCAAGUCGAAUAAAGAGCAUUUGUUCAAUUUAUGUGUGUUUCCUUUGGUCUUGUUUACAACUGUAAAAUGUUAUCCUACAGGAAAAUCUGAUUUAGACACUCAACCAGAAUUAAGGGAUGAAAAACACUUUCCCAAUGGAACUGUGGUUGGGAAAUACACAUACAUGGAUAAUGAAGGGAAUCCCAUACAAGUCAAGUAUUACGCGGAUGACUCGAGUUACGGGGUUGAAUUAAAGAGUGUCAAAGUAGUGGACUCUACCGGUGAGCCUUUGGCAGCCCCUGUCCAAGCUAAUCAAAACAUUGCAAAUACCAUUCAGAAUAUGCAGAACAAAUAUGACUUUAAGAGCGCAGAGCCUGAAGCUAAGGGUGCUACUGAGCUCCUAAAUAACAAUGCUCCUACCACAGUGUUCAAAUACAAUAAUAAAAACAGCGACCCAUUCGAUUUCUUAAACAAGGAGAUGGGUAAAAUAAAUCGAUAUAAAAUCGAGAAACCCAACCCUGAUUAUGAGAUUUAUUAUCAAAAUGAACUUAAGGGAGCGAAAAAAUGCGGCAAAGACAAGGUCCGAGUGUACAUCGAUAAAGAAAAAAGGAAAAUUCGCAAUGUAGUCAACAAUUAUGAAACUGAUAAGUUUUGUGAGCAAUUUUAACAAAAUAAUGUACUUAUUGUUACAAAUAAAACGUGUUUAUGGUU